AUGCUUAUCAGCAACCAAUGGUACACCAAGUCAGAGCAGGCUGCCCGGUUUUCUUUCUGGUACACGGGUCUGGGUAUUGGUCAGAUUCUUGGCGGUGCCAUCUCUUAUGGCUUCCAACACAUCGCGCCAGGACAAGCAAGUCUAGGGGACUGGCGUAUCAUGUUCGUCACCUUGGGCUACUUCACUAUCAUAAUUGGUCUCUCUACUGCCCUGCUCAUCCCUGACACACCUAGGCAGGCCACUUGGCUAUCGGACGCUGACAAAGUCGCACUACUAAAGCACGUAAGCAUUAAUCAGACAGGGAUACAAAGCAGAAAGUUCCGGCUCAAGGAAAUUCUUGAGGCACUGUGCGAUCCGCAGUUGUAUCUCAUGCUGCUUUCGGUUGUUCUGCUGUCUGUUUCUAGUGGCGUUGUUACCACGUACUCGGCCACCCUAAUCGCCAACUUGGGCUAUGAUUCAAAGCAUGCCGCAUUAAUUAACAUGCCCUCUAGGGCUGUCAGCAUACUCUUCACUCUUCUUGUUGGAUUUGGCGUGCAGAAGCAGUCUCAUCGUUGGGCGUGGAUCAUUGGAUGUCUCAUCCCUGCUAUAAUCGGUGGCGCUCUGAUAUCCUUUUUGCCGGUUCCCAAUCGAAACGGAAUCCUCGCCGGUCUUUAUCUCGUCAACGCCGUCAUAGCACCUCUGGCGAUAUUCCACAAUACUGCUGCCAACUUCGGCAGUGCCACCAAGCGCGCGUUUGCUGCCGCCAUCGUAAGUGGUAGCUUUUCACUCGGCAACAUUAUAGGGCCGCAGACGUUCCAGUCUCGCGAUGCGCCGGACUUCCAUCCAGCGAAACUGGCUGUGAUGGGCACGUAG